AUGGAGGAAUCAGCAAGUGGCUUUGGCUUCACGGUCACUUCGAAUGGAGAGGAGGAUGCGGCAAUGCGAAGCAAGAGGAAUAUCCAGGACGCGGUAGACGGCAUGCAUACAUGCAGAUACCCUACAGAGGCCGAACUAACAACCCAACUCCAGACCCAGGAUGUGCAAAUGAGUCAGAGCGAUUCCGAUAACGAUAUCUCUCAUCGGUAUCAGAACACUUGCGAUAGUUCGCUCUUCGAUCUUACUCAGGAGAAGCGAGAGCAGAGAGCGCUAUGUCCUUACAAGAUGGUUACGGAUAUAGACAACCAAAGAUUCCCAAGAGAGAUUUCCUACGCAAGAUGUGCCUGCACACAGUGCGUCAAUAGUAGUAAUACAGGUUUCCUGCCAAGAGGCCGAGCGAAGUGUCUGCCAGUUACUCGCCAGACAGAAGUACUGAUACGUGGAGAUUGUGAUGAGGGUGUCUACAGUUUUAAGAAAGUAUUAAUUCAAGUGCCGGUCGCUUGUGUAUGUACGAGAACGCGAGUCACCGCCCUUGGUUGAGCUGACGGGAUCAAAAGUCUUCUCCAAAGUGCCGUUUGUAUUUCGAUUUAUUUAUU